AGCCCCGACGUGAGGGAGCAGCCGCAGCCACAGCACCGUCUCUGCCCCUUCUUCAUCGGAACCAGCCCCUCAUCCUCUGCCGUGCACAGCCCCGCUUCACCCACACCAGCCCGGGGAAUCGUUUCUAAGGUGACCCCUGCUGAAGGAUGUCCUCUCCCUCAGAUCAACCCCUCCCCUUCUUCACCACUCUGCCCCCCUUCCCCUCGGCCACGCCAGGAUUCGCCGCUGUGCCCAAUGCUACCUCCUGCCAGGAGUGGGAGCAGGCCCACCACCUCCUCUUCCAUCUGGGGAACCUGUCACUGCUGAUGGGCCUGGUGAUCCCGACCACCCUGGGCCUGCACAUGAUCCUGCUGCGCCUCCUGCUGAUGACAGGAUGUGGGCUCUUCAUUGCCUGGGCGACUCUGUAUAGAUGCAACCUGGAUGUGAUGGUUUGGAACGUGGUUUUUCUGGUGGUCAACUUCAUGCAUCUCUUCUACCUCCUGUACAAGCGAAGGCCAAUAAAGAUCGACAGGGAGCUGCGGUCAGUCUACAAGCGCAUGUUUGAGCCGCUCCAUGUGAAGGAGGCUCUGUUUCAGAGGCUCACAGGACAGUUCUGCACCAUCCAGACACUAAAGAAAGGCCAGGCCUACGCUGCCGAGGACAAGACGUCCGUGGAUGAACGCCUCAGCAUUCUCCUCAAAGGAAAGAUGAAGGUGUCCUACAGAGGCCAUUUCCUCCACAACAUCUACACCAAUGCAUUCAUUGAUUCUCCAGAGUUCAGGUCCACUCAGAUGCACAAAGGAGAUAAGUUCCAGGUGACCAUUAUGGCAGAGGAGAACUGUAAAUUCUUGUGCUGGUCUCGAGAGAGGCUCACCUACUUCCUGGAGUCAGACACUUUCCUCAGUGAGGUGUUCCGCUACCUCAUCGGCAAAGACAUCACCAAUAAACUGUACUCUCUGAAUGACCCCACCCUCAGUGACAAGGCGGUGAAGAAGAUGGACCGUCAGCCCAGCCUGUGCUCGCAGCUGUCUAUGACGCAGAUGAGGAACAGCAUGGCGAGCGCCAACGACACCGAUGAUGUUCUGAACCAGAUCCUACGAGGAGGAUCUGCUGGAUCGUCCAUCCAAAAAUCUCCUGGUACCAAGGCCUCCAAGAUGAACCCCAUAGAAGAAGGCAUGGAGGAUGACGUUUUCAAAGAAUCUGCUCCUUCUGAGUCUCACCGUAUGCCCAGCACUUCCACUGAGGAAGUGUAGCCCGCAGGGGACGAAUGGACACCAUCACAUUUAUUACGUAUUUAUCAACCUAACACCCAGAGCCUGAUUGAACACCAACACGGCUAAAGAAAUGACAAAAAGACGUGUGCGGUCAUGUAGAAAUAGUUUCUUCAUUUUGUAGUUUGUCCACCAUAGAGUACUGACAAGUUUAUUUUUAUGAUGGAAAAUGUCUGCACAAAUCUUGAUCACAAUUCUUUAAAAAUCAAAUUUUUGAAAAGUAAAUGUUUUUAUGUAAACAAACAAUGUUAGUAUAACUAGUAUUAUCAGAUAUUUAAAAAAGCUGCAUCAAUUUAUUCAUUUGGCUCAAUGAUUGUGAAGAUGGAGGACAUGACAUCUUGAAAAUAGUAAAGCCGAAACAGCUGGAUGGCCCCCUGGUGGCUGGCUGCAGUAUAGGCCAUUAAUCCCACAUCCUCCAUGUUAGAAGAUGCCAAACUAAAAAAUCAAAGUACACAUGAAAUGAUGAUUUUCCAGAAGAUGGUUUCUCAUACCUUCUUUUUUAAUUAGUUAUUAGAUGCUAUAAAAAGUGGGUGUGACCUCAUGAUUGAGAGCUUAUUGGUCGUGGCUCUACUCCUUGAUCACAGAGCACGGACUCUGGCUCCAGACUACAUCACCAGUGCAAGAUGGCAGCAUCUGUGUUCUAGAUAUAAUGGCUUCAUUUUUGUUCAGUGGGAGGAAGUGGAGACGUGUCUUCCAUCUCUAUGUACAGUCAUUGAUUUGAUCACAGCCAAGGAAAUGGCUGUAAAACAGAUCUGACAUAUCUUACAGAGUUCUUAUGGUGAAGAGCUGAUCCAUCAGACACAUGUUUUGAUCUUCAUGAAGUCAGUCAAGUUAUCAUUCUCCUUUUAGCUUUGGUUCAGUCUUCACCGACACCUGAGAACCCUGUCAGACUUUUAGUUGCCAAAUGCUCCACAUUAUUAACAAGCUAGUUGCCACCUCUGUGUGUCUGCUGGUUGAUACUGAGAGAGGAAAACCUGGUGCAGAUCACGCAGGGGUCCACGUGAUCAGUUUGAGUGUUAAUGCUUGCUUGUACAAUAUACAAAGACUCCAUAAUGUUUAAUUAAGACUUAAAGACCCGGAACCUACCGCUCUCUGAGCACAAAUAUCGGAAUAUUUGUAAUAUUAUUUUCAGAUGGACCACCAGAACACUGAUAGGGAGGAGUGGAUUUAGUGAAUGAGACCAUAAUCAUAUUAUUCUAUGGGAGAAGUUGCCCCUGUUGGCUCUCCUUGGUAUUGUACUUUUAAGCUCUUCUGCAUCAGCUUAAUUUUUCAUGGCUGGACGCUGCAUCCACUUUUUAUAUACAAUCAAUGAUUUCUCCUCUAUAUUCAUAGCAGCUUCAACUUCUUUCCACCACAACACAGCAUGGUUUUGGAAGAGCCCCCCCCCCCAUUGCAGCCAUUCACCACUGCAUAAAUUCUUAUCACGAUUCAUUAUGAAUGAGAAGGGCUGCAGUUUUCAUGCAGGUGGGCAUGCAACAGAAAACUCAAACAGGGAGCUAAAGUUGCUAAAAAUCUCACAAGAGAUAUUCUUUAUGCCGGCAGCGGAGGUGGUCACAGAACCACUAUCUAUCCACCUCAUAGAUGUCUGUGUAAAAGGUGGCAUGGCAGCACUUAUGAUGUUGUGUUCCACAUUACGCCAUUGACUCUGGAACGCCAUCUUGCUUCUGAAAUGGCACACUCCAUAUUGGGAUAAUUUGUUGGAUAUUAUAAUGAGUGACUCCUUUCAAAUGACUUUCUUUUGAUUUAUUGAUUAUAUAAAAUGUAUAGUCCCACAUUUCAAUUAGUAUCACAUGUCUGAAUCAGUUGGGUUCUAAUAAUGACAUCUUAGUAUUUUUAAGUGAUAUAUAAGUUGUAAAGUGACAGUACGCUAGAGCUCUGUGAUCCUCAAAACAGAACAAGAGCAAUUCCUUCUGGAGAACCUUCUGGAGAACAUCUCCUCUCUCUGUGGGAUAGGUACAUUGAUGGAAAUACAUUUUGUAUGUAAUUUUAGUUUUAUAAACACAAGCAUAAAUCUCAACAUUCAUAAGAGAGCUUUUGAUAGUGAGGAUUUUCUUGAGAAAUGAUUUUAUCUGUGUGUUGUAUAUUCUUGUUUAAAUGUUUGUACAAGAAACCAGUGCACUGUGUGUGUUCAAUAAACAUUUGGUGUGAAACUGA